UAACCCCGUUGGAGUUAAAGCCGGCGGGGUUAGAGGAUGCUGACCUACAUUGGCUGCCACACAACCAGGGGCUGCCUUUUAACACCGCGAAAAUCCACCAGAAAAUCCCCGCGACACGGUGCCAUCUGAGAUGUCAUCUCUUUGUGUGACCUUGACUCAGAGAGGAUAUGGAAAUCUAUUCAUUGUAAUGCGCAUAACAGCGGCCGGGCUCUGCCCGCAAUUUAACUUUACACAGGCAAUUAUUCAUGCCGCAUUAUCCUCCUACAGAGGGCCUCUAUCCGGUACUAUCGGAGAUGGGAAUUUGUUUUCCUAUUUCACCACAAUUUCCCGUAAAAGACGAGGCCUUGUCAUGGUGGCGGUGAUACAUCAGUGUGAACAAGCUCUGGCCUUGACGUUGGCUGGGCCUGUCGUGGGUUUUGAGGUGGAAGAAUUCGUUUUGUGAUAUCGCUUGUCUUCUCAUUACAAGUCAACCCGUCAACAGUAUCACGCGCCUCAGCUCACAAAGGGGCAUUUUGGAUAGCUCUGUGUGUGGUGCGGGCCUACCGACAGACAGAUCCGCUUAGGGAUGUGUUGUGACUGAAAAUACAUAAUUACGCAAAAGGCCUUGCCAAGCUGCAUCAUCUGAGGUGGGGAGCAGCACAUUCAGGCCGUCACGGGUUAGGAUCUCUCUCUUCUUUCACAGCACCCUCUUGCAGUUAGAUCCCGCUUCACAAGCAGCGGCACAGGAGGGAGAUAUGUUGCGUUCAGUGUCUCAUCUCAGCCCGUACUUUAGAGAACCGCAGUCACACAUUCGGUUGUCGCUUAUUUAGGCUACUUGCUUUUGGAUGGACAUUAGAAAAUAUUCUGUAUGAUUAUUACCUGUGUGCGGUAAUCCCGUGCCAUUUGAAGUAGGCCUAUAUGUAGGUAUUCUUUUCAACCAAACCCAACAGCAGCUGAUUUUUAUUUUUUUCUGAGAAGCACACCCUCUCAGAAAGAGAGGGAAGACCCAGUGAAAUCCGCAAAACUUCACAUUCGUCCACUGUACAAGUCUGGACCCCCUAUCUUGAGGAAAUACUGCCUGUAACAAUUGUGUUUUCUUAUGGUUUUGUGCUCCAGCAGCAUAGCGAAGAAGAAGUGUGCGCAGUGUGUGUUAAUUGGUGCCUCAAUGCGCUUUGUAUCAACACAAAUUUCUUAUUUAUGCAGAUACUGUCUAAAGGCUAAAUAAGGAGUUAAAAUACAUAGACACACCAAAAGGCUAAUUUAUUAGUCUACAAAGGUCAAACAACAGCUGAAAUAACCUACAGUAAUAUAAUUCACUCAUGUAAACCAGUUGCUGCUAAAUGUCACACCAUCGUGGAUCAUUUUUCAGAAAAAGGAUCAGACUUUUCCUACAUCGUAACUGUUUACAGCUUAGUCACAUGUUCAUACUUCAGCGAAGUCGUGAUAACACUUUUUCCGGUAGCACCUGAAAGCAGCAAGGGAUCCAACCCCCGCCCCUAUUACCUCCCCCUCGCCUGACGUCACGACAACGGCUAUUUGCAUGAAGUGUUUUCUAGCUGCAGCUUCAGCUCGCCUGCAGAACGAGUCUGUCCGAGGGGGAAAGCGAGGGAAGAGACGCAGUCAAAAAUACGAGGAGGAGGAGGAGGGCUCUUGUGUUUCACAUCAGAGGAGCAGCAGGGGGGAAAAAAAAAAAAAAAAGCCCCGAAAGCGAGGAUAAGGUGUCGGAUACCAAAAGCAGAGGAGGAAAAAACAGAAGAGACGCUUCUCUUGUAUCGGAAAAUGGAGCUGCCCGCCGCGGGAGAGCACGUCUUUGCGGUGGAGAGCAUCGAGAAGAAGCGCAGCAGAAAGGGGAGGGUUGAGUAUCUGGUCAAGUGGCGAGGAUGGUCUCCGAAAUACAACACGUGGGAACCAGAGGAAAAUAUCCUGGACCCAAGACUGCUUGAUGCUUUCCAAGACAGGGAACGUCAAGAGCAGCUGAUGGGAUAUCGCAAGAGAGGACCCAAGCCCAAGCACCUUCUGGUUCAGGUUCCUUCUUUCGCCCGGAGAUCCAGUAUUCUGGCUGACCUUCACGAGGCGUCCCUGGACGAGGACAGCUGUCAGAAGACCAACCCCAUCCAGAUGCUCCGUCCCCAGAGCCAGCAGUACCAGCUGAACAGCAAGAAGCACCACCCGUACCAGCCGCUGUGCAGGGAGCGUGAGGCCGAGCAGCAGGCCAACGGCAAGAAGUUCUACUAUCAGCUCAACAGCAAGAAGCACCACCACUACCAGCCGGACCUCAAGGUGCACGAGCCCAUAUUUGCUAAACCCCGAGAGGUAAGCGCUCCGGAGCUGGCUAACAAGGGGUACAACCUUCCCCCAGUGCUGCAGCAAAAGUGGGUCAGGGACAAGAACUCAGGCUGCCUGACCAAAGUCAAGGAUAUCACCAUGGAGCUGAAGAAGCUUCCAGCAGACCUCAAUGGCCACAAAGAGCCAGAGAAGGUAAAAGUGGAUGUUUUACCACAGUCGAAUGGUGUCAGCAACAGCAAGCUAAAGAUCGUGAAGAACAAAAACAAGAACGGGCGGAUUGUUAUUGUCAUGAGCAAGUACAUGGAAAACGGAAUGCAAGCAGCUAAGAUCAAAAACGGCGAUUCUGAACCUGCUGAACAGCCGCCGCGAGGAACUGACAACAGCACGGAGAACCACCUCGAGAAGAUGAAACUUGUCAAAAAGCUCGGCCUCAUGAAUGGAUUUGCAAAAACCCCCAAAGACAAACCAACUGUUCCCAGUUCUGGAUUUAACGGAGACUGCCCCAAAGAAAAGGAACAGUCCCCUAAAAUGGAGCCAACUGUGACGGAACAGGAUAAACAUGUUGAGGUCAAGGUUCAGGGGCAGCUUCCAGCAGAUCAGCCUUUACAAUUGACAACCAAGCCUAAUCUGCUCUCCCUGCCUUUGGAUAGAGGAGUUCCCUCCCCACUGGACAAAAGAGGAAGCCAAGGUGGAUUUCAAGGACUAAAGCGACACUUCUCUGACACAGACAGGGAGGAGCAUGGGAGUAGCAAGAGGUUUUUGAGCUCCAGGAGUAUCAGCGCUCCUAACACGGUAUCUUCACCCACCCAAAGCAUCAGCAUCGACCAAAACGGACACCAGAGUCUCGUUGGACUGCAGGACUGUGGGUAUGCAGACCAAGAGGAACCUAUUGACUUGAGCAUUGUCAAGUUCAGGCCUAAAGCUACCCAGGCUGAAACACACACACAAGCUGAAAUUGUAACACAAGCUGAAACACACACACAAACGGACGCGCAUACAGAAACUCAGCCCCAGACUGAAACACAAAAAACUACAGAGGAGGAGAAAGUCGAUUCAUUGUCGGCUUCUAACCAGGAAAAGGGAAAAGAGGAGACGUUUCCCUCUAUCCAGCCUUUCCUUGGGAAUAUAGUGAUCACAGACAUUACUACAAACUGCCUCACAGUCACGUUUAAGGAAUACAUAACAGUGUAACCGAACUGUGUACCAACUGUAUAAAUGUACAUUAGAUAUAUUUGUAUGUAUGCUUGAAUGUACAAUGUAUAUUUGUAUACUUGAAUGUACAAAUGGACCCUUGAUGUUGUUUUCAUUUUGUAUAGUUCCGAUACAAAAAGAUCCUUUAUUGCGUUAUUUGCAUAUUUCUUCUUAUAAGCUCUACCUGUUGUUAUUUCUGGAGAUUUUAUCACAUGCAGUAUCUAAUUUCAGCUAUUUCAAACUUAGUUUCAAAAGAAAAAUGAGGUCAAAUAAAUAAAUGUCGGAGUUUUAAUUGAAGAUGCACUUAAUUCUUGUAAAUACUCUUCACUUUUCUAUGGGUGUAAUUUGCUUAUACACUCAACUGUCUGCAUCUCAGAUAAUGCUCCACAAAUGUCGGCUAUAUGGAGAAUUUUGUAAGAAAGAAAAAAUUAUAUUGAAACAUGGUAAAUUACACUGUGUGUGUGCGUGUGUGUGUGUGUGUGUGAACAGACUGACAGAUUUAAACAAGGAAACAUGCUGCUUGGACAGAUUACGCCAUUAGCCAUGUUUAAAUAAGCAGAUAAAGAAAAACGAAGCGCCUUUCAGUCAGUAAGUGUGAUUUGCGUUGUCGAAAGGGAAAUUGGGAUGUUUUUUUUUUUUCAAUGAAAGAUAGAUUAUUAAUGGUUAAUGUUCAAUAUAUGCUCCUUUUUAUUUGGUCUCUGUUCAAAGGUAAAGUGUUUUUUGAGUCAUGCGUCUGGAGAGCUGAUGCUGAGCACAAGUCACUUCCGUUAAGACAGUCGAUAUACAACCCUGUGACUGUAUUUAGUUUGGGUUUUGCAGCCGUACAUUGACUAAAAAUGGCUCUUUUUUUUCACUUAAAUUAUAUCAGUCACAAAUCUGUGUUAACACUGCCAGUUGAGAUGUGUAAUCCAACAGAUUAGUACCACCAGCUGGGUGCUCUAUGGUUCAGUUUUUCAUGUUUCCUGUCUCUGGCACCCUAGGCUGCACAGUUGUGUAUGGGGAUUGAAUGGGCUUGUCUUGGUGUCAUAUUUUUGAGUAACUUUUGCAACAAAGCGGUAAUUUAAAAAGUAUGUAAAAGCACACAUUCUUGUCAGAAUCAGAUAUUUUCCCCUUGUGACAUACAUGCCCUUCCAGCACUCAGUGACCUGAGGUGCAUUGACCUGCUCUGUGAGAACGUUAAUCGGAUGCACUUUUGAUGUUAUGUGUGCAGACUAAAAAAAAGAAAAAAAGAAAUGAAGGCUUCCAAUGAUACAUUUUGCAAUAAUAAAAUUGUUUUCAAGUGGCA